AUGGCAGCUCCAAGUACUGCUCCCUCUCCUCCUCUCUCUUCAUCCGAGGCCUUCAGUCUCGUCGCGAAAGUCGUCAAUGGCGAUCUUUCGCCCUCUAUUCAAGGCUGGACAGUGACCUCUUAUCACACCGGCGCCGGCCAGGCCCGUGCCGUUCUCCGCCCCGACUACAACCGCACGUUUUUUGAGCACGCCACAAGCGGUCACGAUGUCUUCUCGCUCGGCGGUACCCCGCCCUUCCCAGAAGGUGUUCAGAUUGACAGCGGCGUCGGUGGCCAGCACGAUACCAAGGGUCGACGUACCGUAUCCAUCAACGCUGGGACUGGAACGUCGGGCGUGCGAAUUGCUUCACACGAAGGCACAGGGCCAAUGCUUUACUCUGGCGAAAAAGACCGGGAUUCUGACGAUUCGACCAAAUAUGGCCAGUUUUACGCUUGCAAUGCCGAUCUCUUGUAUGGACCGGCUGUCGCUCUGUUCUACCACGGCAGCUUGAACUCUACCCUGCCGCAGGGCUGUGUCGAUGUGGAUUUGUUGCCGAAGUGCGUUGAUGCUGAUCCGGGCGCGUAUGGCCCAGUGACGAUGAUCAGUUGCUACCCAGAUGUCUAG